GCUCGAUAACAUAAAGAUAAAUAGUCAAUUCUGAAAUGAAUUCGUUAUAUCUAUAUUAUACAAUACAUAUUACAAAUAAAUUAUUAAUAUUUUAGACAAGUUUUAAUUGACAAAUUGGUUAAAAAUGCCGGAAAUAGUGAUGAAAGAGUGGUUUUUGAACGUGCCCUGGGGAAAGUUAGCAAUUGUUCCAGUGUUAUCCUGGGGAGAUCCCUUCCUCCCUCCAACACUCCUGGUACACGGAUUCAUGGACACAGCAGCCACCUUCAUUCCCCUGGUGAACGCAAUGCCGGCUACUUACCACUACGUCACAUUUGAUCUGCCUGGUUGUGGACACUCGGACACUAUACCGGGCCCUCCACUCUCCCCCCUACAUUUCGCGGAAACUAUACGGCAGGUAGUUGAGCAGCAAGGAUGGGAUACCUUCUACUGUAUCGCUCAUUCCAUGGGAUAUCUUAUUAGUGCAUAUUACAACGCGGCACACCCUGGCAGAAUACGAAGGCUGGUGUCACUGGCUGGAGCCAUCGGCAUCCAGAUACAUGGUCUGGCAGAACUGCCAAAGCACUGGUUCGAUGUCAGCAUCGACAGCUACUACCGCCGGUAUUUCCACCAGCCUCCGCCACCGUUAAGCUACAAGAAAGCAAUACAGUCCCUUGCCAAGGCUCGAGAUGUGAGUGAAGAAGAUGCAGCUAUCUUGGCGUCUCGGUGCCUUGAAUCAGUAAAUGGAAACUGCAGGUUCACAUGGGACAUAAAAGCAAAGAAGCUCUACGUACCCCCCAUAGCACCAGACACACUAUACUCUAUCCUCUCCACCCCCACUCCGACACUAUGCCUCGUACCUACCGAGGACAAUACACCAAUCACGUUCGAGGAUUACCACGUUACUAUGCUGGAGAGAUUGACCAAUGAGAGAUUUGUGUUAGUCAGUGUGCCAGGUGGGCAUAGCGUGCAUUUGACUAAUCCGGAGGUGGUCGUACCAAAGAUUGUUAAGUUUUUUGAGGAAGACGUGAGAGCGAAAUUGUAAUAAUAAUAAAUUAAAUUGAAAUAUAUAAGUCGUCUUUUUAUUAUAAACCACUUACAUAAUCAUGAUCACAAUCAUGAUCAUAAUCAUCAUCAUCAUCAUCAUCAUCAUCAUCAUCAUCAUCAUCAU